CUUAAUCCCCGCUCAGUGAAGACCAAGCCGGCUAAAUUGGGGUCUGCUGAGGAAGUCUGUGGUGCCUUUGCUUACCUCUACUUCCAACAUGUCAGAGUUGUGCCUGCACAAACCGGAGCCCAGCCCCUUACUGGCUGCCAAGGAGGACCCUGCGAUGGUGACCUUAUGUCUGGACACCCUGCGACAGAGAGCUGCACGGGAGAACGAGCGGUGUCUCAGGAGUGCCUCCGAUACCUUCUUACUGCGCUUCUUGAGGGCUAGAGAUUUUAACAUCGACUUGGCUCUAAAGUUACUAGUGAAUUAUCACAAAUGGAGAGAUGAGUGUCCUGAAAUCAGUGCAGAUGUACGUCCUUUCCCUGUUAUUGGUCUCUUGCAUUCUGGUUACCACUGUGUUUUGAAGUCACGGGAUCGAACUGGCAGCAGGGUUUUGAUUUACAGAAUAGGACAAUGGGAUACAAAGCAGUUUUCGGCUUAUCAAGUAUUCCGUGUAAGUCUCAUCACUUCCGAGUUGAUUGUACAAGAAAUUGAAACACAGUGCAAUGGACUGAAGGCCAUAUUUGACCUUCACGGAUGGAAGUUUGCCCAUGCACUUCAGAUUACACCAACUAUUGCAAAAAGAAUUGCUGCAGUUCUUACAGACUCCUACCCACUGAAAGUGCGUGGUAUCCAUCUGCUGAAUGAACCUAUGAUCUUCCAUACCGUUUUUGCUUUAAUUAAGCCCUUCCUGUCAGACAAAAUAAAGCAACGGAUCUGGAUGCAUGGAAGUGAUUACAGGGAAAGCCUUGGUCAGCACAUUCCACUGGACAUCCUCCCAUGUGAGUACGGUGGCCAGGAGGCCUCAGUGGAUGAAAUCUGUCAGGAAUGGACACACUUCGUAAUGAAAUGUGAAGAGCAACUUAUCAGACUUUCAUCCACCUAAUAAAUGGAAUUUGAUACAGGGACCAUUAUGUGCAUUACAUGAGGAGAACUGAAGAGUGAAUGUGUCUAUUUAAUUUUUGUGUUGCAUUCCUUUCUAAACAGAAAGUGAAGAGUAAGAGCUCCACAUGUGAGCUGUAGUAAGCACACUGUAGAACUAUCAGGGUAAAAUGUUGUUAACACUGGCAAGCUUUUAGAAUAGCAGUUUUAUUUCAUGUUACAUAUACUGUGAAGCCCUAAAAAGUGGAUAUGAUGAAGAAGAUUACUACUGAUAUGAACCUCAGUGGGAAACAGAGCUGCAGUGUUAAGGGUACCCCAAACCUAAUUUUCCAGCAUCACAUGCCUUUUAAGUCAGCUGUGAGUCAUGCAGUUUAUGCACUAAUUAUUAACAGAGUCAACCUCACACACUUUCUCAUAAAGUGCAAUGUGUGGGCCAAUUGAAUUAGUGCGUUAACUAUAUAUAUAUAUAUAUAUAUAUAUAUAUAUAUAUGUAUAUAGGUUCAUAGAU